AUGACAGUGUCAAACGAGAAGCAGACCGAUUGGAGAUCCAUGUGGAUUUGUAUAUUCUUGCAGUUUGUGGUUGGUGUACAGAUCUCUGUGUACUACAUGUCAAUGUGGCCAUAUUUGAGUGGACUGGACAAAUCAGCCGAUUUCGACUUCCUUGGAUGGGUUGUAGCGGCAUGCAGUAUCGGAUGCACUAUUUCAAACCCACUCUAUGGCUACUGGAACCAGAAAACUAUGUCAGUCAAAUGGCCAGUCAUCACUGGAUUCCUCAUUGCAGCAGUCGGUCAAGGAUGGUACGGUCUUCUUGGUUUAUUCGAUAAUGUCAAAUGGAUGAUGCUUCUCGCUCGGUUCUUGACCGGACUUGGAGUUGGUAACAUCGCUGCUCUUCGAGUUUAUGCAGCAAUGGCGUCGACUCCAAAAGACAGAAUGAGAGCAAUUUCAUUUGGAACUGGAGGAUUUGUGUUGGGAUUCUCAUUUGGUCCAGUUAUUUCUGCAGUGUUCACUCCAUUGGGUGAAGAAGGUAUCAGAUUAGGAGGAUUCGUGUUGAAUAUGUACACCGUUGUUGCUUACCUCAUGGUGUUGCUUUGCAUUUUUGGAUGUUUCAUCAUCUAUUUCUUCUUCAAUGAAAGUUACGUCGGAAUAGUGACUAAAGAAGAACAAGAGAAAGAUGAUGUGACAGUUCCAAUGUUUGAUAUCCCAGCCGCAUUGAUCUGUAUUUACCUGUUUAUGAUUGUCAACAUGACAGCUACGAAUAUUGAAGUAAUGUCUUCCCCACUUACUACAGUUUUAUACGAUUGGAAGGACAGUGACUCAAUCUUUUACAAUGGAAUUGCAUUGGCAAUCAGCAGUGCCAUUUCAGUGUCAUUCAAUAUUGCUCAAGGAGCAACGCGAAUCGGAAAAAUUGACAAAAGGAAGCAAAUGCUCUUCGGUCUCACAUUCUUCUUGCUCUAUCAGGCAUUCAUGUUCCCAUGGGGUUUCUAUUCUGGACCAUUGAACUUCCUGCCGAAAGGAAUGGAGACUACAGAAGCUGGAGGAUGUUACGCAGAAUAUCUCUGGUGUAAUGACACGACUCGUGUUCCAAUGCCUAUCUACUUUUUCUGUUUUAUUGUAUUCUUUGGUGUGGCAUUUCCAUUUGUGGAGACACCGUCUCCAGCUCUCUUCUCUGAGAUUUUGGGCCCAAGAAAGCAGGGAACAAUGCAAGGAUUCUUCUCACUUGGAGGCAGUCUUGCACCAGUUAUUGCUUCGAUCACAUCAACAGCAAUAUUCAAGUACACUGGUUACCGUUAUGUCAUUGUCUUCCAAGCAAUUACUCUUCUUGUCGCUGUUCUCUUAAUUUUGGUAUUUUACAAAAGACUAGUCCCAUUAAAAGUGGUCAAGAAGGGCAGCGAAUCAACGAUCUCAGAAGAAAACUGA